AUGGCCUCUUCACCACCAAAACUCACAGCGGCGAUCCUGAUAAUAUCAGAAACCGCCUCCAAAGAUCCUUCAACAGAUAAAUGCAUCCCCGCCCUCUCACAAGUAUUCGCCGACCUCGGAUCCACCAACUGGACCAUCUCAACUACAAAGAUAAUACCAGAUUCCAUUCCUGCAAUCCAAGAAGCUGUUCUUCAGUGUUGCGAUGAAAAGGUCAAUCUCAUCAUUACUUCCGGCGGCACUGGGUUUGCUGUCAAGGACGUGACGCCAGAAGCCGUGGGGCCUCUGAUUGAGAAGCAAGCGCCCGGGUUGGUGCAUGGGAUGUUGGCGAGCAGUUUGCAGGUUACGCCGUUUGCGGUUAUGAGUAGACCUGUUGCGGGGGUCAGAGGUGCGAGUUUGAUCAUCACACUGCCGGGGAGUCCCAAGGGCGCAAAGGAGAAUUUGGAGGCCGUGUUCAAGUUGAUGAGUCAUGCUUGUUUGCAGGCGAGUGGUGGUGACUCGAGACAGAUGCAUCAGGGUGGAGUCAAGAAGUUGGAGAAGGAGGCGGGGGUCAGUGGUGGUGAGAAGUUGGGUGGACAUGGGCGUGGACAUGGUCAUGGGUGCGGUCGUGAUCAUGGGCAUGGAGGUCAUCAUGGCCCUAAGGCGCAUACUGCACCUGAAGAUCGGCCACAACAAUCCAACGAUCCUUCUCAAGGACCUAGCAGAAGAUACAGACACUCGCCAUACCCAAUGCUCUCGGUCGCCGACGCUCUCGAGCAAAUCGAUAUGCACACACCUUCACCCACCAUCAUCACACUCCCGGUCAACGAAUCUCUGGUCGGUCACGUUUUGGCCGAGAAUGUCACGGCACCAGAAUCUGUCCCUGCUUUCCGCGCCAGCAUCGUAGAUGGCUACGCUGUGAUCGCUGGCCCAAAAGCCCCCAGCACAAAAGGAAUAUUCCCCGUCGCCAUGAUCUCCCACGCUCAAGCCGGCGAACACCAAGAACUCAAACCAGGUCAAGUUGCCAGAAUCACCACAGGAGCCCCUCUACCUCCUGGUGCAACCAGUGUCGUCAUGGUCGAAGACACCAUCCUCGUCUCCAAAACUGAAGACGGCACAGAAGAAAAAGAAGUCGAGAUCUUGACUUCCGAGAUUGAAGUUGGAGAAAACGUCAGAGAAGUCGGUUCAGAUGUUCAAGCUGGAGACGUGAUUAUGCAAAAGGGCGAAGGCAUCUCUGCCAUUGGUGGGGAAUUUGGCUUGCUGGCUUCUGUAGGCGUCAAGCAAGUGUCUGUGUACAAAAACNCUGUCGUCGGCGUCUUGAGUACAGGCGACGAAAUCGUAAACCACGAUCGUGAGGGAGAGCUCAAACGAGGAGAAGUCAGAGAUACCAAUCGUCCUACCUUGCUAACAGCCAUCCGAGGCUCAGGCUUUGAAGCCAUAGACUUGGGCAUUGUGUCCGACAAGUACGUUACUCUCUACUCAACUUCCCCUGAUUUCAUCCCCAAGAAAACACCAGACACUAACACCACUCAAAAACGACAGANNCCAGGCGCCCUCGAAGCAACCCUCCGCGACGCAACCCGCAAAGCCGACGUCAUCAUCACCUCGGGCGGCGUCAGCAUGGGCGAACUCGACCUCCUUAAACCCACCCUCGAACGCCAACUCGGCGGCUCCAUCCACUUUGGCCGCGUGGCCAUGAAACCCGGCAAACCGACCACCUUUGCCAGCAUCCCUGUAAAGUCCAACGAUGGCUCUCGAGUCGACAAAGUCGUCUUUUCGCUGCCUGGAAACCCUGCUUCGUGUGUGGUUACCUAUCACCUGUUUGUGUUGCCUGCUUUGCAUAAAUUAUCUGGUGUAGAGCCGAAAGGCUGUGUGAGGGUUAAAGUUGUAUUGGAUGGGGAUGUCAAGUUGGAUAAAAGUAGGGAUGAGUUUCAUCGUGCGGUUGUUAGGGCUGGGGCUGAUGGGUGCUUGCAUGCUGUUUCCACCGGCGGACAGAGGAGUUCGAGGAUUGGUAGUUUCAAAGGUGCGAAUGCGCUUUUGUGGUUGUCUGCUGGGGAAGGGGUGAAGAAGAAGGGGGAGAUGGUUGAGGCGUUGAUGAUGGGGAAAUUGGUCGGGGACGUUUGA